AUGAUUAAAGGAACAUUCCACAAGACAUCAAAAGCAAACAAAUCUAUCUAUCUAUCUAUCUAUCUAUCUAUCUAUCUAUCUGCAUAUGCAUACAUUUUCUUUCUUCAUUAUAUUUUCCUUCAUGUUUUUCUUUUUAGAGAUCUUUUUUUUUAUUUAUUAUUUUCUUUCCACGUUUUCGUGAUCACUUCUUGGAAUACGCUAUCAUUUUUCUUUAUUGUUUUUCACUAUUUUUAUCUUCUUUCUUCAUCGUCUUUUAUUUCUCGUCUGCGUUAUUCAAUUCAUUUUUUCUUCCUUUUUCUUUACAAAUUUUGUCUCUCCGUUUUCGCCCAUGUGAUUCUUUUACUUCUUCGAAAGUCUUUGUCUUUUCUCUUCUUUAAUUUUUUUCUUUCUUCUUUUUCUUUUGUCUUCCUUCUUUUUCUUUUUUCUUCUUCUUCGACUUAUCCUCCUUCAUUUCUUCUUCGUUUCUUUUUCCUCGUUUUCCAUCUUCGUUUUUUUUUUUCAUCUUUUAUUCUUUUUCAUUUCAUUUUUCUUCCUCAGUUUUUUCCUCUUCAAUUACGCGUACAUUUUUUUUCGUUUUUUUCUUCAUCUUUUAUUCUUUUUCAUUUCAUUUUUCGUCUUCGGUUUUUUCUUCUUCAUUUACGCUCUCAUUUUUCUUCUUCGUUUUUUUCUUCAUCGUUUAUUCUUUUUCAUUUCAUUUUUUUUCCUCGGUAUUUUUUCUUCAUUUACGCUAUCAUUUUUUUUUUCGUCUGCCUUCCAAAGAACGUGAUUAAACUGUUCCUGUCGUUCUAUCUAUCUAUCUAUCUAUCUAUCUAUCUAUCUAUCUAUCUAUCCAUCUAUCCGAAUUUAUAUCUAUCUAUCUAUCUAUCUAUCUAUCGACAUAUUUAA